AUGGAACAACCCCAUACUAGUAUUAAUAUUAUAUGCCAAGUGGAAGAUUGCAAAUCAGAUAAAGAGAUAGUUUAUUGUUCAGGAGACUAUUCAUGUGAUUCAAGUCAUAAAAAAGAAGGUGAUGAUCAAACCAAGCAGAAUGAUCACAAGUUUAUACGGUUGAAAUACAAUGAUCAAAAAAGGAAAUGGGUAAUGGAGUCGACUCCCAUCCGUCACGGCUACCCAUAUAUUAAUGAAUUGGUCUCUUUUAUUGGACCGUCUGGAAGUGGAAAGUCUGCGAUCCUUAGAAGUUUGCUACAAGUCAGGAAAGAUCAAGUACGAGUAGACCAAACAAGAAUGACUUUACCACUACCAACGCCAGAUUCAACUAAAUGCCGAUCAACAUCUGAAGAUAUUGAUUAUUAUCUAAGAGAUGUUGAGGGUGUAGGAUAUCGUGUAUUUUUAGAUUCUGAAGGAAGUGGUGGAACUGGGUCAGAGCUACUUACACCUGACCAACUUGCUAAAAGAUUAAAAUUUCUCCAAGAAAUAUACCCAAGACUGCUUCAUAUUAUCAGUGGGAUGGUUGUUUAUGUCUUUAACAAUACAAAAGAGCAAGAUACAUUUAUAAAGGAUCUAUCAAAAAUGGUCAGUCACAUUGAAUCAAAAGCAAUCAACAGUCCCUACAAAUGCCAUCUAUUAGUCAUUUUCAACAACCAAGUCGAUUUGUCAGAGAGUGGCAAAGAUGUGGACUUUUUCCAAAGAUCGGAAUUCAUCAAUUCAAAAGAGGUUGCCAAAAUCAAAUCAUUUUUCAAGAGUUGCAAAUCAAUAUCACUUCCAAAGGCAUCAACCGAACCUGUUUUAUUUUUGGGUCAAUUAAAAUCAAUCCUGAAACACUUUGACGUUUCAUCAUUGGAUGGAAAAAAUCCAGUCAACUCUAUUGACGAUUUUUUUUCAGUGCCAUCAACCAACUCAAUCAAGACGAAUAGAUUGGAUUAUCUUUCAUCCUCAUCUAAUAAUUUAACAUUAGAAGAAAAAUAUAAAGCAGUGAUUGAUCAUAUGAAAAUGAAGCUGUCAAGAAUACCACAAAAGGAUAAUACCAUUGAUUGGCAAAAAAAUAGUAGGACUCAACGACAACAUUUUGUAGAGUUGGAUAUCCAAAUACAAAAUAGUAUAAAGUGUCAAUCAACACACCCAGACCAUCCAAAUAUAAAAUGUGAUCUUGCAUUCACAUCACAUGAAUUAAAUCAUAGAUCUUUGGAGACUAGAAAGCAAAAGGUAUCUGUUGAUCAAAAACCGGACAACAAUCAAAUAUUUGGAAAUAAUUCUUUAGAGUUGGAAGAGUCAAUUGAAUGGAGUGGUGGAUUUAAAUAUCCAGAAGGAAUGUCAUUUGAUGGAUUAUCACUUUUUGCUAAUCAUCAUCAUCAUCAUUUGGACCAACACAAUCCCAAUCCAGAAGAAUCUAUCAAAUCAUCGUACAAUUCAGCAACAACAACAGAGAUAUUACAACAACUAGAAAUCAGCCCAUCUGAUAACAGUUCAUCUGAUAAGGGAAAGGAAACACUCAAAUUAAUGGCAAAUGUUUGCAUAUUUUGUUUGUUUGGUAAACCUAAUCGACUCAGAUUAAAUUGCGAGCAUUCAUUUUGCGACAAGUGUAUUGGAGAUGGUGAUAAUUGUUUGUUUUGCAAUAUACCAUCUGAAAUUAUUCGUUACAUUCCUCCUCCUCCUUCCCCUUCUCCUGUCCCCAAAACACAACAACUUUUUAUCAGUCAAAAACAAACAAAUGUUAAAAAGAUUCUAUUAAACUUUGAAUCAAUGUUGGAGUGUAUCGUUCUCCUUGCAUUCCAAACUGAUCCCAUAGCAUACACCAAUCGUUAUAAUCAUCUCAAAAAAAUCAAUUUUAUCAAUUCAACAUACGAACAAGUAUUGUUAUCCAUCUUUCAAGUAGUGCCCGAUCAAUCAUUCAUCGGCAUUGGUAUUUGUUUAUUCUUUGUGAAAAGAGGAGCAAAAGAAGGAUUGGCGUACUCACCAGAAAUGACAUUCCUUUCAAAUAGAAGAGAUAUUGAGAAUACAAUGAGAGUUAUUUAA